GUUACUUCGAAGUAUUUGAACUACAAACAUGACGCUGCUCUCUGACCAGCAAAAGACGACCUUGGCGGCGAUCGUAUCUGCAUUUGUGGCGCCGCUUUCCGAGGAAGACGCGACAGGCGUCGUGGCGGAGCAUCUAAAGGAUGUCCAAGACAACUCAGUGGCGCGCACCAAAGCCCUGGAAGCGUUUGCCCAGAUGCCACCGCCGGACCUUGGAGUCGUCGACACCAUCGCGUCCAAACUCGCGUUCUUUCCCGCGGACAAAAGGAAUGAAUUCUUGCAGGUGUUGGAUCUGUUGGCCACGGGAUGGGGCACGUACCUCCUGACAGGGUCGACGCGCUUCGUACCGUUCCACGACCUCUCUCUCGCCGACCGGGAACAUGCGCUCUUGAACCUGUCGCAGUCGCGCUUUGCCUUGCUUCGAUCGCUGUUUCGCGCGCUCAAGGCGUUGUCGCACCUGUGUACGUUUGCUCAGCAGGUUACGGCGGACACGGGCGACACGAAUCCGUACUGGGAGCCGUUGCAAUACACCGGUAUUCCAUCGGAGAAACCUCGACCACCUCGCUCCCAUUUCCACGAGCCGUCGUUUGAAGAUGUGGACGCAUUGGCCGAGCUAGCGAACGGGGGGGCGAUUGAACUGGAAACGGACGUGGUCGUGGUGGGCUCGGGGGCCGGCGGAGGUGUCGUCGCGGCGGAAUUGGCCCAGGCAGGGCACCGAGUGCUGGUGUUGGAGCAAGGUAAGUUCCAUCACCCGGCCGACUCGACGUUUGGCGAAAUGGAAGAGUACGAAAAGCAGUACGCCGACUCGGUGUUCCUCGUGUCCGAGGACGGGUCCAUGCAAAUGCUAGCGGGAAAGACGUGGGGGGGUGGAACAGCCGUGAAUUGGUCGGCGUCACUACGACCUCCGCCAGAAGUGCUCGAUGAAUGGGUUCAUAAGCACGAGUUGCCGUACUUUGGCACGGCCGCAUUCCAAGAAGCUCUGGACAUUGUGUGCAAACGCGCAGGGGUAUCCACGGACCACAUCAAGCACAGCGUCCCCAAUCAAGUGCUGUUGGACGGAUGUGCCAAAUUAAACUUUCCAGUGCAUGCGAUUCCUCAAAACACGAAUGGCCACACCCACUCUUGUGGGUUUUGCUCGCUCGGGUGCCCCUACGGAGAAAAGCAGGGGUCCCAUGUGACGUGGUUGCAAGACGCUGCGGCGGCGGGCGCCAAGUUCAUCGCAGGGUGCAAAGUGGACAAGGUCACUUAUACCGCCAACGUCGCGACGGGCGUGAAGGGCACGGUGCUGGACGGAAAGGUGUCGAUCGUCGUGCGCGCCAAGACGGUUGUAAGUGCGUGCGGCGGUGUCUACUCGCCGGCGCUGCUCCUGCGGUCGGGCCUCCAGAACCCCAACAUUGGGCGCAACAUGCGCCUCCAUCCCGUCACGACCAUAUAUGGGUUCCUGCCGACUAAAGUCGUCAAGUCGUGGGAAGGGUCGAUCAUGACCAGUGUCACAGACGUUGUGAGCAACGUCCAUGGCAACGGGUACGGCGCUCGAUUGGAAACUCCGACGUCGCUGCUUGGUGCGACGUCGUCGUUGUUGCCGUGGCGCGGAAAUUUAGAUUUUACGCGGCUGUUGUUGCAAGUACCCCACCUUUCUGGGGUUGUGACGAUUGUCCGAGACUGCGAUUCACCCAUCCAAGUCAAAAUCGAUGCUACAGGCCGGCCGCGCGUGCACUUUGAACUCGGCCCAAAGGACGCGAAAUCGAUGGUGGAAGGCAUGAUUGCGUCGGCCAAGAUCCUACUGAGCCAGGGCGCGAUCGAAGUCAACACUUCGCACUUGAGCGUGCCAGCGCUGCGCCUGGAUACCCCCGAGGACCGCGCGAACCCCGUCGAAUGCGAGACCUCGCAGGCAUGGUUUCGGCAGCUUCGGGCCACGGGCAUUCCCGUCAACAGCCUCGGCAUCUUCAGCGCCCAUCAGAUGUCGAGCUGCCGCAUGGCGGCGACGCCGGCCAAGGGCGCCGUCAACUCCGACGGGGAGACGUGGGACGUGCAGGGGCUUUACGUGGCCGACUCGUCCGUGUUUCCCACGGCGUCUGGUGUCAACCCCAUGAUCACGACGUUCGCGAUGGGGUACUCGGUGGCGCAGUCCAUCAAAGCCAACUUGGCCCUCGAGGAAGCUAUGGGCGCGCCUCGCACUCGACCGCCCCCACUGGCCCCACCCUCCCUCUGGUCAAGACUGAUGUCGUGGUUCGUCUAAGCCCAAGUAGUUUACGAUUGUUCAAGGGGGUACUGUGCUAAUCGGGGUUUCUCAAUUGUGCAUUGUUUGGACUUACUAGUUCCUAGUACAACAAGCGAAGUAGCUCGAAGCUUCAAAUUCAAAG